CUGAUUUACGACAGUUUCACAAACAUACAGACGUCACACUUUACGGCAGUGUGUCGCAGGGUGAGGCAGCUGUCAGAAGGCAAUGCGCAUUGGAGAGACACUGCACGGUGGAUCCUUGAAAACUCUGAUUGUGACGGUGCUUCUGAGUGCGUUUAUGUUCCAGCUGUUGAGGACUGUCGGACUGAGGGCGUUCUCCAUGGCAUCUGAGACGUACACAUCAGGCACACACUCUGCCGCCUUUGUCACUUGUCCUAACGACACAGUGGCUAGAGACUUGGCCAGAGGUAUUGUGGAACAGAAGCUCGCCGCAUGUGUCAACAUUGUCCCAGCAAUUAAAUCUAUAUAUGAAUGGCAGGGUAAGAUUGAAGAGGACAAUGAGGUGCUGCUGAUGAUUAAAACAAGAAGCUCCAAGGUGCCUGCUCUUGCUCAAUAUGUCCGCUCUAACCAUCCUUAUGAAGUGGCCGAGGUCAUCAGCCUGCCUAUUGACCAGGGCAACCCGCCCUACCUCAAGUGGAUUGGAGACAUUGUCCCUGAGUAAAGAUGAACUGACGGAGUGGAUCAGCUGAUUUAAUGGAUGUAGAAAUGAAUCUAAAAAACACAUGAGGUUACAUUUACUAUUUCCCUCAAAGACACAUCCAAAUCUGUAAUGUUAACACAACAACCUAAAAAGACAAGACAAAGUGGUAGUUAAUAUUUUCCCUUUUUAGUAUUUUUAACACUAGAGGGCAGAAUAAACUGUGUUACAGCUUCGACUUGUUUGAAGCUGCAACUAAAGUGUUAAAAGUGAACAGACAUCAGUUUGAUUCUUGAUUUUGUUUGUAAAAGAACUUUUGUUUUUCUCAAUAAAGCGGAGGAUUAUUUUUUA